AGCUAAAGUUGCAUGUGACAGAGACCAAGUGCUCAUUUCGACCAUGCAAGGACAGUAGCACCCCCAAUCGUCCAGAAUAUAAGGCAAAACACACGAGAAUCAAUCACAAGGAAGCAUACACACAAGAACAAGUAGAGUUGCAUGUCAGGGAGUAUAACUCAACCUCGGCCAUGCAAGAACACUACUGCACUCGCGUUGAUACUUAAUAGGAUAUUGGCUUCGUGCGAAGUGCAUGGAGGGGUGGUCCAACACAACAUGAAUAUAAGUAUCGAUUCCGACGCCGCUUCGGCAGCGCGCAAACUAUACAACUGCAAUGUUGACAUCAUUCAGCACAUAGAUAUCUACGGAAAGCAACACUCGUACUCCGAUCGAAGAUUCGAAAUGACUCCAGUCUCCAUCUCCAGUUCUCCAAAAUUCGUUCCCGCCGAGAAUUUGAAGAAACUGCCUCGUCUCACCGUGAUUACCAAGACAAGUAGCUAUCAACCAGGGCAGGGGUUACUGGCGAAGAGGAGGACGGUUCCUGGGAAAAAUGUGUCGUCCAAAUUACCAAGGAUGUAAUUGUUGGUUGUAACUGAGUAAAA